GUGGCAGUGUCUCAUGCCUAAUGCCUUAUUAAAGAGAUAAAAACCAUCCACUUCUCCUACAAUACUGCUUUCAAAAAUCAGUUUCACAUAGCUUCACCAUUAUAAUGACUUUCUUUAAUCUCCCUCCAAAACACAAGUUCCUUGGUUUCACUCUUGUUCUCAUUGUUGUAUUUUGCUGCUUCUCAGGCUAUUCAGCAGACAACCCGGGGGAAGGAUUUUUCAAUGCCUUAACGUGCUUCAGCAAUAAGUUUAUCUAUUCCUCUGGUUGUGAUAAAGCAUAUAGAUUGAACGAAAGCGGAAACCUUAAUGUGCCUCCUGAUGCACUUGAUCUGUUCUGCCAUGGACCCUGUCUGGCUGAGACACAGCAAGUGCUGAAGUGCGUUGAUAGCAUGUUAUCGACCUUCAUUUUCAAUAAUAAGGCUACACUACCAGAUAUAAGAGGUGCCCUCCAUGACGGCUGCAGCUAUACCAGCCAAAGAGGGAACUUCAAUGGUUUUGGACCUUUCGGUGAGUAUAUACAAGGCGAAAAUGCUGCAGGGAAGCUACCAAAUUUAGUCACCUUCCUCUUCACAAUCUUAUGUAUUACAGGCUGUUGUCUCUUCUUCAUCUUAUGGUGACUGACUAUCAACUGCCAUAUUAUGAUAUUUCAAGUUGAAACCAUACAAUACAUUAUAUAUGUAAAGAUAUAUAUAUAUAUACACACACACACACAAUCUGUCUCAGGAACGGACGUCCGUUCCUUAGCUAAGGAACUUUUCGAUCACAUUUUCACAUCUUAACCGUUCAGUUUCUAGGUCCUAAUGUAUAG